AUAGUCCAGUGUUUUAUGCUUGAUGUCAUUUCGUCGGCCAUAACGACAUGUGCUGCUUGGGCAAAAAAAAUAAAAUAAAAAAUAACUACAACCUUGAGGACAGCCCAGUCCUUUGUGAUUGCUGCCAAGCUUGUGGACACCAUGAGCGUCUUUGUGCGUGAUAGCAGAUAACAAACCACAGCAAGGGGAACACAAGCAGAAGUCUGCUGGAAGAUAGCAGGCCACAGGAAAGCUCCCAGAGAACAAAGGAUGCUUUGUGUGCAAUUUCAUAAAUUUUUUUUUGGAACGGUGAUGCCUCCAAAGCUUACUGGAGAGAACAUGGCUGGAGAAACGUUACUUCUACUGUGGCUGGCAGCAACUGUAAUCACUUCUGGAGACGCCGUGCCGGAAGAGCAGUUGGUUGUGGACAGGAGCAACAAGACAUUGCAAAACAUUCCUCCCGACCUUAACGGCAGCGUCACAACGCUGAUCCUGAGCGAAAACGUCAUAGCAAUGUCCGAAACUGAUCAGAAGGCUCUAUUGAACUACCCAAAGCUAAAGGAGCUACAUUUAAACAACAACCAACUAACUAAUCUGACAGGGAAAAUCUUUGUCACACUGUCAGAGCUGAAGGCUCUCAACGUGUCUGGCAACAAGAUCAUCAACGUGGAUCCUGAGGCCUUCUCUGGUCUGCCGAGUCUGCAGGAGCUGGACCUAUCCCAUAAUCUCCUCCGGUCCUUGCCUCUGGACGUGUUCACUGGCCUGCAGAACCUCACCAGCCUCCGUCUGAAUGGGAACAGCCUGCGGACGUUAAGCCCCUUCGUCGAUAUGAAAAGGCUCAAGAGUAUAGACCUGGAGGAAAACCCUUGGAACUGCUCCUGUGAACUUGCCGACGUGUUGAAAUGGGCGAAGGUUUCGGAGGUCCAAAUAAUAGGCACACGGGCCAUGUGUGCAAGUCCUAAGGACCAGGCUGUUAAGAACAUUCUGGAAAGUAAUGCCACAUGCUGGUCAGAGUCGUCCACAGCACCCCUGCCAAAUACUACGCCGAUACCAUCCCAGCCAACAACAUCCCUAGGCUCACCAGCACAGACUAAAAAUAGCAAAAUCUCCAACCAAGACCAAGACCCAGACCCAGACCACAGCCAGCCUGUGGUGGGGAACACCUGGAAGUUCCUGGUCGGGGUGUUGGCCAUCGUCCUCAGCACCUCCAUGCUCAUCGUGUGCGCCGUCAAGUCCCCCUCCUGGUACAAGCUGCUGUUUAACUACAGACACCAGCGGCUCCACGAGGAAGAGGAGCCCAACGGCUUCCCCACCGGGGGGCGCUAUUCCAACUUCAGCCUGGACACGGAGCAGACGGAGACGAGCGCCCACGAGCUGGACGCCGGGCUGGACGACAUCCUGGACGAGGUAGAGGAGGAGGAGGACGGCUACAUAGAAGAUGGCUACAUCGACACGGGGGACUACAAAGACCACGUCGCUGAGGUGCCGUGACGGUCGCCGUGACGCUGACAAGGCUGCGCGUUGGAGGCGUUUAUGUGGGCGGUUUUCUAUGUUCUCUGGCCUCGUGGGAGCUAAAUCACGGAAUCAGAAUGUGGUGGCGGUCCAGUGAACCCAACUAAUGACGGGAUACCAUGUGGCCUGCAGGACAAAGACUUGAGGAAGUAUAGUCCUUUGAUAACAAGCCUGUUUUAGUACUGAAUUGCAUGAAAGGUUUUGAUGAAAGCUUAGCACUUGGAUGUGCCAGGAACUAGAUGUACCUCAAUAUAAUCAUUCCUAUUUAAAGCGUGUCUAUUAUUUUACAUAUACAAAUGUCAUUUUAAUGUGAAUUAAGGAAAUAAGGAAAGAUGCAAAUGCCUGUGUUUGUGCCGCACUUACCGUACGUGAUCCUGAAAUGAAAUGAUGAAUGGUACUGUACACCUUUUGUACUUGGCUGUAUGAUUCUCUAGCCAUAAGCAUACACUUGUUAUGCAAUCCACUUGCUUAUAAUGCACCUAGUGAAUGGAAUUCACCACAACAAACAAUGGUAUACUUACUCUCUCCUCUCUGUAAAUAUGACAUCCAUACUUUGGGCUUCUCUGUCAUUCUGGGCUUUCAGCUGUAUGAAAAGAAGAGCACAGUGGUUGGGGCCAAGUCGAAAUGAAUGAAUGUCAUUUUUGUAGCACGGGAAAGCAUAAUCAGUGUUAAAGAGCACAAUCAGUUCCAUACCAUGUUGAAGUCAUUCAUCACUUCCUCCAUCUCCGUGUUUGUGUUCAGUUUGUCAACAAGCUGAUAUGGAAAAAUAAAUAGGAUGACUGUUUAAUGUGUUCUGUUUCGGGGCUGUGUCAAACAAAUCCCAACUUGUUCUACAAUUCUGCAAAUACAAUUGUUAGUGGACCUGGAAAGUCUACAUUAUAAUAGAAAAAAAUAUACAAAUUAUAUGAUAUGGUAUGCUUUGUUAAUAUGGAUGAUAUGCAAUUAUUGUUUAUGAAAAAAAGUGGGUUUACCAUGUUGUAAUCGGCCAAUUGUCCCUGCAUAUCUUUUAUUUCCCCAGCAAGUCCCUCUGCUCUGAAGGAGGUAAAACAAAAUGACGAUUAGCAACCAUUCAUUACAUCCCUGGACAGAGUGGCAUCCACAUUGCCAACCCUGUUUCUGAAUCCCACAGCAGUUCUCCAUACAAAUUACCUUUUCUCAUAUGAAAGGUAAACAGAGUUCUCUUGACUGUAGGUGUCAAUAUCCUUUUGCAAUUUGCUGGUCUCUGUUGUGAGUUCAUUGAUCUUGCUCCUGUUUGGAACACAUUCCAAAAGUAGACAUCAGACUCUACUACCAAAAACACACAUUUCAGUAGAUGGCAGAUCCACAACAGUUAGUAUAGGGUUGAAUUCCAGUGGCUGUACCUGAGUAGUCCAAGGUAAUAGGAUUUAUCCAGAAUCUGCCUCUGAGGACCUUGUGAAAAAUUAAAAAAGAA